AUGCCAGUAAAGAACGCACUAUUUGUGCAAUACAUUUGUCUUGCCGUUUGCUUCCACAUCAAAGAUCUGGAAGAUUCUGGAGACAGUGCACUGUGCGAGGACUACAAACGCUCCCAGAUUGUUGUUCUUGAAGAUGCCAUUAGGGAGAGUCCACGAAUUAACACUACAGUACCACCUGCCAAAAUCCAAGUCCGUCAGGCCUUUCGUGGGGAACGUGUUGCGCUGAGGUGUCUCCAUACUAAAAGGGGCUCUAAAUACGCUUGGUACCUCAGUGCCACAGCUCCGGUCGGUUCCAGUAUUCUGGAGGGAAGCCUGAUUCCACUACCUCGCAACAGUUGUUUUCAGCGUCACUUUUAUAAUUACAAGGCAUUUGGCGUCGAGGUGGUAGAAGUUGUAGCCCAACGAGGAACUGUUGGCUACUUUACUUGUGCUGAAAAUGUCGACGAAAAUCACUGGAUCCAACGUGGUGUCUUCCUCAUUCUUCUUUAUCAACGACCAACUGUUGUUCUUCAGGUGGACCUUGUCUCCACAUCUGAAGUGGAUUGUGAGACAGCCGCAAGUCCGCUGUCGUACUCAAGCAUCUCGUUUGGUGGAAUCGGUGUCCCACAAAUUGUGAAAGCAGAAGAUUCGGAGUGCAUAAAAGAUUCUAAGAGCUGGCACUGCACAAAGUUCAUCGGAGAGUGGGAUGGAUUUGAGUGGGUAAGAAAACGACUGGAAAUGGCACCUUCGGGAUUUAUUUACACUGGUCCGCUAGGCCGAGCAGUACGACUGCGGUUUGAGAUGAUACAAGUAGGUUUUCGAUUAGAUUUUGUUCGCCUUGUCAGAGAGAAGUACCUCAAGCUGAUUACGUUGGGCAGUUUUGAGCUAACACAGGACAGCCUCUGUGUGGAAGCUCGUCAAGUCGGCAGGCGAUUGGAUUGGAUGGUGCUGGAGACCUACAUGGGCUAUGCAAAGUUAGCCGGUGGAUUUAGGAUACCUUUCGGUAAAAGGAUCUCUCCAGGCGACUUUGAAAUUCUUGAUGGUUUGCAACUAUACCGGAGUGAAGGAGGCUCGUUUGGGUCAGUAUUCCUGGAGCAGACUUUGGACCCUCAAGCCGUUUUGGAGCGUACACUACCAAUUCCACACGAAGUCUUGUUACCACCACCAUCACCACCACAAAAUUAUCAACCACCGCGUCCAUGCAGCCCACCACUGACAUCAUCUGGGCAUGGCUUUGUGUCAAUCAUGUACAAUCAACUAUGCACACAAAAAGCGACUACCUUCACCACGGUUUUGACUGGCGAUGUAACAAUGAUGCCCAGAGGAAGUGACCGGUCAGUUAUCGUGAAAAUAGAGGCGCUGCUAAUGAAUCGAGAGAGUCAAGAAGACUUCUAUCGCCUUCGCUGGAAUGAAUCCGGCCCGACCGAUUCUAGAGAGGAUCUUCGUGAUUGGUUCAAGAGGAUGGAAUUCAAAACAGCCUCAAAAAACGUCUCGAUCAUUUAUAAGAACUCAUGGCCAGUGUGCGCUGUGGGACAGCACUUGGCCAUACCAAAUCCACCACUUUGUGUGCCUUGCCCUCCAGGCACUAAGGCAACAGUCUACAAGUCCAUCGAUAAGGCCUCCCAUGCCCCCGAAGGCAAACAAGUAGACUUCAAUACGCCUCACGCAAUUCUCUGUGACCUCUGUCCUGAAGGCGCCUACCAGCCAGAACCUGGCCAGACUAAGUGCUUCGACUGCUCUACAAGCUAUAACCCAUAUUUUUGUGCUAAGACACCACUCUCAAUAAUUCUGGGAGGUUCAGUAGAGGAGACACCGCCUCUGACAGGGGCGAUUCGCUCGGAAGUACAACCCCGUAAGACCACCACGAUUGGCAUUGCUGGAGUCCUCCUCAUCUGCCUCUGUAUGGUUGGUCUAUUAGCUUGCGUUGUUUACUUCUACCUGGAGGCCAUCGGUUUCAUGUUGGUGAAAGUAGCUCGCGCCUCCUAUGCAGAACGUCCAGUUCAAAAGACGAGACCUUCCCAAAUUUGUGAGGCCGAAAUCCGUCGACUUGAACAACUUCACCCUGAAAUUGAUCUCCAUGAACUUGCGAGACAGGAACUCUGCCAAGCCGAGAUCCUGGGUCUUCGUGUUCUGCACCCCGAAAUUGACUGGGAAAAAAUUGUCUGUGAAGCAGAAGUACGUCGACUUCAGGAAGAUUACCCCUUUAUUCAUUGGGAGAAGGUUCUGCACACAGAACUACCUUAUGUCCUCCGAGCCAGAUAUCCUUUUAUUGACUGGAAUCGAAUUGUAGCUGAGGACGCUUGUGGAAGAGAGAUCGAACGUUUGAAGGCUGAGAAUCCCGACAUGGACUGGACAAUAGUAUUGUGUGAAGCGAGGAUUGAAAGCCUCCAAAGAAAGUUCCCAUGCAUUAACUGGGGAGGCAUUGUCUGUGAAGAACGAAUUCGAAGACUGCGCUCCGCCUACCCGAGUGUUGACUUCGACCAGCUGGUUCGAGAUGAGUUGUGCGAAGAGGAGAUGGAACAGCUGAAGCUUCAACACCCUGAAAUUGACUGGGAGGCAAUAGUGUGUGCGGAGCAAGUCUUAUGGCUGAAGGCUCGGCACCCAAUGGUGCAUUGGGAGAACAUAGUGAGUGAGGAUAAGAUUGUCAGACUGAGACAUCUCUACCCGUACAUAGACUGGUCCAACGUAAUUCGCAAUAACUUGUGUGAAAAAGAAAUUAUAGGCCUUAGAAAGCGAUUUCCACAACUGGAUUGGGAGAGCAUUGUACGCGGCGGAGACGCAAGCGUGAAGCGAUUGUCGAAAGCGGCGACCACCGAACGAUUGUCUUCACGUUUCCCAGAUGUCACUUGGAGUGAAAUAAUAACGGAGGAUUUGAGCGACUAUGCAAUCAAGCGCUGGAGGGAAAAAUACCCAUGGUUCGAUUGGGAUGCCAUCACAAUGGCCAUAUUCCAACCAAUAACCUUAAAAUCAGUUAAUUUUAAAAGUCCAGAGGUGUGUAAGAGUUUUAGAGAACAAAUAGGGUGUUUGGAAGAACUCUAUCCAUGCGUAGAUUGGCGCUACUUCGUAGAAAAGAAAUAUGCAUCGCCCUACAUAAACUGGGACUAUAUCAUAAGGCGCGAAGAAGAAAAGCCCGCCCAAGAGAGCGAGAAGCUGAACCCUAAGUUUAUUGAUCGACUCAACUCGCGCUACCAAUUCGUCAACUGGAGUGCCUUCCAGAACGCUGGCAUUGAGAAAAUGAGGCGCGAGCAUCCAUACAUUCACUGGACCGUCGUCCUAGAAGAAAACGAUCUUGAUGAAGGUCAGACGUUGGAUGGAGGAAAUGUCGAGCCUAUGACACCUCGAAAGGUUUCACCAAUCGUUCCGUUUGCUCGAAAGACGGAAGAGAGAAUAAAACUGUCAAGAGUUGCAGCUGAAGAGGAAAUACUUCGAUUAAGACGCGAGUAUCCUCACAUCAACUGGGAAAAUGUGAUCGCUAAGGAGAGAAGGCAGAAAAUAAUUGAGCACGACCCUCAAUGUGGGGAUUCGAAGUACCUUCAUGAUAACGUUCCCACGAGACAGUUUCCAGACAAGAUUCGAAGCGAUACUGAAGCCAAAAUUGGAGCAAUAACUCCCUCCACUGAGGUAGUGGAGAUUAAUUGCUUGAAAACCCUCUACCCCAGCAUUAAGUGGACCGGCGUGGUGGACCAUGAGCUCAGGAAACGUCGGAAAGAUAGGGAAGAAUAG